AUGGGGCCCUACCCCAGGUCACCCAGAGGCAAACGAUUUUUGCUCGUGGUGACCGACAUGUUUACGCGAUGGACGGAAGCCUACCCCUGUAGCAACGCGAGGGCCAACACCAUCAUCCACCUCAUGACUCACGAGUUCCUGCCUCGGUGGGGCUAUCCGCAAUCAGUGUUGACGGACAACGGCAGCCAAUUUCUUGGCAAACAGUGGCAGGAGUGGUGUAACGGGAUGAGCAUCCAGCACCACACCACCCCCGCCUACCACCCCCGGGCCAACCCCACGGAGCGCAGGAACCAGGACUUGAAGGUCCAACUCCGCCUCAGACUCGGCGACGACCACACCCAGUGGGACCAGCACGUCGCAGACGCGUUGUUUUGUACCCGCCGCCGCGUAAACGCCGCGACCGGGCGAACCCCGGCGGAAAUGGUACAGGGGAACAACCUCCCACUACCCGGCGAGUGGGCCACUCACGGCGUCCCACACACCGGGGAAGGAGAGAGGGAGCGUGCACGGCGCCUAACAGCAAUGCACGAGGCCGCCAGACAGCGCCAAACGAACUAUACGCAGGAAAUCACCCCCAAAACCGCGCGGGAGCCCCCCGCGGUGCGAGCAGGUGAUCGCGUAUACGCUCGCGUACAUCCACUGUCCGCAGCGCCUCGCAACUACUGCGCCGGGCUGGCACCCCGCUGGAGGGGGCCCUACACCGUGCAGAAAUCUCUAGGGAGGACGUCAUACCUGGUCCGACUCGGGGGCAGACGAGUGCGUAAAAUCCACCGCGACGACUUACGCCUCGCCUCGAUUCCCGGGGAACCUCCCCCAGGAGACCAGAACUUUGACGAACCACCAGGAUACGACGAACCGGAGGAGGGUCACCGUCCACCACCCGCAGGUGACGGCCGCGAUAACGCACCACCGAUACUAGAGGCGAACGCACAGAACGCAGAAGACCUACUAUCACCCGCGCCAGAAGUCCCACAUGAGGCAACGACACCGCACCAGCCAGGACGACCGACAGAAUACGAACAUGCCACGAUCACCGAAAUGACGACUGGGGACUUAACACCUCAACCGGAUGACGUGACGGCAAUCGCAGUGGAACCGGAGGAACUUGACGCGGACCAGUUAGUAAGCCCGACACGCGGAGCAUGGGGACACACGGCCUCUCUCGCGGACGCCACAUUCCGGAUGUUUGUAGACGAACCCGAUGAGGGAAACCCUGCACCGCGCCCAGGACCGGAGCCACGCCAGCUAUUCGACCCCAACGACACGGAGACGAGCGAAGCUCCAGGUAUCCCGGAGCGCAGGAGGCAACCCUACGCAAGUGGGUCGCAAGCGGGUGACGUCAGGGACCAACAACUGAGGCCCGACCAACCGAACAUGCCAGCAGACUCAAGGACACACUCGACGCACGGAUCAGAACCCGCGCCACCAACCCCACAGACGGGAAGACCCCAAAGAGACCGGCGACAACCGGGGUAUCUGGCUGAGUACGACCUCGGGAGACCCACAAAGCGAAACACCACCACCCAUCACUCCGAGCCGCCAACCCAGGACGACCCAUCUGCAAGGGACAGGGUGUACCAGCUGUGGCCGCCACGGCCCCCGCCAGCUCGGACGUGCUGCCACCCCUAA